AACACUGGAUGCGACUUGGACAACACCCACAAAAACAAGCAGACCAUGAGUGCCAUUACAAGAGAGGAGCAGGAGAAGUACUGGCAGAUCUUCUCCGGCCUCUCGCCAGUGGAUAAUCGUCUGACGGGCGAACAAGCGGCCGCCGUCCUCGCCAGCUCAGGCCUUCCUGAAUCAGAUCUUGAGCGUCUCUGGGACCUCUGCGACAUCGAUAAUGAUGGCAUGCUUGAUUUCGAAGAGUUCAGUAUUGCCAUGAAACUGCUAUUUGAUGUGCUACAAGGCAGUCUCUCCUCCAUUCCAGCACAGUUGCCGGGAAACCUCGUGCCGAGCAGUAAAGCGCAUCUCUUGACUGCUCAAAACGCACUCUCCCAUGGUCUCGAUAUGGAACGUGUGCCAUCGCCAGUUGAAGAGACAGACGCGCAAGGGAAUAGGUUGUCGGGCAACUUCGACUGGUACAUGUCACCCACUGACAAGGCCUCCUAUGAAUCCAUCUACAACGCCAAUGCAGAUCGUCGCGGCGCAGUGAAAUUCAAUGCCCUCUCAGAACUUUACGGGACAUUACAAGAGAGUGUACCGCUACGUGAUAUCGAACGCGCGUGGGACCUCAUCAACCCAAAACGGCAAGAAGGCGUCGGCAAGGAUCAAGUCUUGUGCUUUUUGCACAUCUUGAAUCAACGCUCAAAUGGUAUUCGUGUACCCACCUCUGUACCACCAACUCUGCGUGCGACCUUUGCGAAAUCAGAGAUUAGCUAUGACACGAGCAAGUAUGAUAAAUCUGGCAAACUCAAGUCAACGAUAGCGGCUGAGUCAGAAGAUCGUCAAUCAGGUGGCGGCGCUUUUGGUUCAUCCUACUUGACAAAACUCGGAACAGGAUCGAGAGGGGCCAAACAACAAAAACCAGCAGAUUAUGCUGAGGAUAUCAAAGAUGGUGAUUGGGAACUCGUUCGAUUGAAGCGAGAAUUGGUUGAUUUGGAUGAGCAGAUUGCAGCUGCGGAACAGGCAAGUCAUGGCGAGCAAGCUGCCGCUCAAACGGGACUCAUUCGCAGGGAAUUGGAACAGUUGCUCGCCUUUAAGAAUGCAGAACUUGCACGAUUGGAUGCAAGCUCAAGGGACGGACCUGGUAGUGGCUCCCUCAAGAGCGUACAAGAAGACAUUGACAUGUUUAAGCAACAAGUCGACUCGCUCAACGCCUACCUAGCGGAUCGUCAAGCAACACUGGCAAAGCUAGAAAAGGAGAGAGAUGCAUUGCAGUCUUAAAUAGGCCAUCUGCCAUCAUUCAUGCUAGAGUAUAUAGCCUCAGUUUCAAAUAAUAUGUACAAGCUGCGUCGCUAGUCCAGCAAAGC